UUGCCCUGGACUUCCUCACGUGACCAGAACGACAACAACACUUCUGAACAUUGUAGGAAGUGUUUAAAACCAUGGUUAGAAUCCGCACUCCACUCGUCCAAAAGCACACGUGACGUACACUCACAAGGAACGGGACCAGUUUUACCAGUCAGCUAUCAUGGCGAAGUCUGCUGAUAAAAAAUUGGAAGGUCUUGUUGCAGCUACAUUCACUCCAUUCACUUCUCAAGGUGAAAUCAACCUUUCAGAGAUUGGACCCUAUAUUGACUACUUGACGGAGAAGCAAGGUGUAAAUAGCGUAUUUGUGAAUGGCACCACAGGAGAGGGCAUGUCUCUCAGCGUCCAAGAGAGGAAGUUACUGGCGCAAGACUGGUGUCAGAAAGCCAAGGGCAAACUGGAGCAGGUGAUCGUGCAUGUUGGCUGCAUGAGUCUCAAAGACUCCCAAGACCUUGCUAGCCAUGCAGCUUCAAUCAAUGCUAACGGGAUAGCCGUCAUCGCUCCCUCCUUCUUCAAACCAAGCUCUGCAGAGGCGGUGAGGACGUACCUCAAGGAAGUGGCUUCUGUGGCCCCAUCAGUGCCCUUCUAUUAUUACCAUAUUCCAGCUCUUACUGGUGUCAAUGUGCCAGUUAGAGAUUUACUGGAAGGUAUCGAGACCCUCAUUCCCUCCUUCAGGGGUGUGAAGUUCUCAGGAAGUGACCUGAUGGACUUUGGCCAGUGCGUCAGCCACAUUCAGCCCCACUGCUCAGUCCUGUACGGCGUGGACGAGCAACUGUUGGCAGCCCUCGUGUUAGGAGCCCACGGAGCAGUCGGCAGCACAUACAACUAUCUGGGAUCCCACAUGAACAAGCUGUUGUCUGAGUUUGAGAAGGGCAACCUUGCAAACGCUAGAAGCAUUCAGUUCAAGAUGCAAGAACUUAUCAGCUACGCUGUAAAACUGGGAUUCAACCUGAGCAUGAACAAGCAGUUGAUGACGGAGGUGUCGGGCGUGCACCUCGGCCCCCCUCGGCUUCCUCUGAUGCCCUGCCCUCAACAACACGCUCUGUCCAUCAAACAGAAGUAUCAAAAUCUCUUUCCUGUACAGUAAUAAUAGUGUCCUGCCAGCAUUGAUUUAAACAAACCGAUCCUCAUUGUUUCAAGUUAAUAAGGGUGCGGACUCGAGUUACACGACUCGGACUCAAUCCACAAUUUUGAUGACUUAUUACUCAACUUGACAAUACAGUCAAAUGAUUGGCGCUUUGACUUUGACUUUGACGUCAAUGACUCCGGACUUGAUGACUUGAAAAUGCAGUAUUCAAUCACUCCUCUACGGUUCACUUACACAGCCUGAGUGCAUCGCAAAUUUUAUAGAACAAUUAGAAUUGUGUUUUAUGUUAAAAUGACGUACGUUUUAAGUGUGUGUGUUGUAAGAGUAUAGGAUGUGUGUAUUAGUGUGUGUGUAGAGAGCUUAUAAGGACUUUAAAUGCAUGUAACAAUCAAACAAUAAAAUAAAUAGCUUCAAUCUUAUGUUGAUAACAUCCUUAACAGUCACCGCAUACACCUAAUUGUAAAAGGCAAGAAGUUGAAUAAACUCACUCUAACAAAAUUAUAACACGAAAGUAAACGCUUUCUAAUGCUAGCCUGGGCAAUUAUUUUUGACUCGGGGGGGGGGGGGGGCAAAUUUAGAGGAAAAAAAUGUGUUUAGGGGCCGGUAUAUCUGAUUUUUGCAAAACCUCACAAUAAUGUCUGAUUGGAUGCUAAAAACGAUAAAGGAAUGGAAUUUUAAGUUGGUUUUUUUUACUGUGGGACACCCAGAAUGUACCUGAAAAUAAAGAAUGUGGUAUUUACAAUAUUAACUAUGACCGAUAAAACACUGAAAAUUGACAACGUAUGAAUGUCACACCCCCCCGCGACGUAUUUUUCAAUCCAGCGAAACGCAACAAAAAUGCAACAAACACAGCGAAAUAUGAACGCGAAGGGUAAGAUAAAAACCCCACCUACAAUCUGAUGUAUCUGAUACAUCACUAAGCUUAAGAACUUUGCUGUAAAAAUCUCCUCAUGCGUCUGUCCCUGACACCCGCGUUUCAGGGUGGUCGCUCUGGAAACACUCCGUGGAAACGCUCCCCACCCACACUCCUCGGUGCCUCGUCUGACCUGCUGUGACUUAGAUUACCAUAGUACCUAGUAUAUCAUGCAAAAGCGCAGAUUCCAACCAUUGAAAUACUUUUUAUAGUCAUUCGAAAACAUCACUGCAUAUCAUAAUGGCAGCUACAGUUUCCAUCUUAAAGAUCCAAAAAAAUAUAUUUGGGCAUGUCCGGCGGGGCCAGAUUAAAAAGAUCAACAGGCUACAUUCGGACCCCUGGCCUUAUUUUACCAAGGUCUACUGUGGGAGAAUAAAUUAUUAACAAUAACUAGCAAUAAACACAUCAUAAAACAAACAUUUUGUACAACUAGAGCUGCAAAGAGCAAUGGGAAACCGGAUGUGUCUGUGGCGGCCAUCUUGGUGAAGCUGCUGUCAUAAUUUGUAAAUUUUUUAAAAAGUAACACUAAUUACUAAUUGACUGGAAGAAUCAACAUUGAAUACGUCAAAAAACCAAACUGUAAUCUGCAAGACAAAGAAAAACCUGAUGCUGAUGUGUCUAGGUGGCGGCCAUCUUGGUGAGGGCAGUGUCAUAAUUUGCUCGUUUCUCAAAGGUAACACUGAGCACUGCUUUACUGUGGAGGAGUAUUCAGCAAUGAAUACGUCAUAAAACCAAACUAUUCUGUAAAACAAAGAAUAAAGGAAAACCUAACGCUGAUGUGUCUAUUUGGCGGCCAUCUUGGUGAGGGCACCGUUACAACUUGCCAUUUUUCUCAACCAAUUUACUUGCAGUUGACUUUAUUGUUAACAUCAAAACCUUUAGCUAUUAAUGCGAAACAUUGAAUUAAAAAACAAUAACAAAAAAUUGUUACUGAAGAAAGAUUAUUUUCAGCUAAAGGGGCGUGUCGGUCGUCUGUGCUUUUUUAAAGUAACAAUCAGGGUCAAGGAUACACAACCAGAAUGUGAGUAAAUUAAACCCUAGUUUUAAUCUAUUUAAAAAUAAAACAAUCCAGAAUGUGAGUGUUGUAUGUGUCAAUUUAAUUACAUAUACAUUGCUGAACAGCAUUUUAUUUGAUGAUUAUAAACUGUACUUAACUGAGCUUGUGACUUAAAAGACUUGAAAAUUUCAUGCAGCGGACUUCGGAAUUGUCUUGACUCGAGACUUGACUUGAGAUUUUUUGGUUUAAAGACUGAAUACGUUCAAAUCACUGAUUUUCUUUCACCUCUGCAAAUUAACAACAUGUAUAGUUUUCUGACUGAAUGAUAGUAGGCUUGUUAUCCAAUUAAUAAAGUGAUUUCUUUACUUC